AUGGCCGACUUCAUUUGGAACCUGAUGAAUUUCCUGGUCCUGGUGGUGGUACCGGGCGUCUGGGUGUUCCAGCGUCGUCACGCUCACGGAGUGUUUCGACGACACGGCAUACCGGGGCCCAGUCCGGAGCUUCUCUGGGGCAACUGGAACCAACUCAAGAAGGAUCGCCUCCAGGUGAUGCAACAAUGGAUCGACCGGUACGGCAAGGUAUUCGGGUUCUUCAUGGCCGAGAAACCCUGCAUGGUCGUCACGGAUCUGGACCUGGUGCGACAGAUCUUUGUCAAAAAGGGGCACACAUUCAUAGACAGGCCGCAGGUAGCCCUUGAGGUGGAGCCCUACAUCAGUUCCCUGGCUUUUCUCCGUGGCGAGGAAUGGAAGAAGGUGCGCACGGUGCUCAAUGCCACCAUCACCGCCAGCAAGGUGAACCGUUGCUCUCGAAUCGUGAGCAGAUGUGCGGAGGAGCUUCUGCGAGUCCUCAAAAGGCAUCACGAACGUGACGAGCUGGUUGAUAUCAUGGACAUGGCCGAGGGAUACUCCCUAGACGUCAUCACAAAGUGCGCACUAGCAUGGAAGGUAAACUGCCAACAGAAGUCGGACGACCCGUUGCUGCUCGGGCUCAGGCGAAUAUUUGAAGAUUUAGACUCAACCGUCAUCGAGAGCACUCUCGCCCUGCCUGGAAUAAGGAGCAUCCUUAAGCUUAUCUACCCGUUUACCAGUGUUUCUAAAAUGCUCCGUCGCAUCGCCGAAAACGUGCGCGAAAAUAUCAACAAGCGGCGUAAAGGACAAAGCCCCCGUGAAGACGACAUGCUUCAGAUGCUGCUUGACGCUCAAGCCGGUGUUGAGGACAAGACAUACAACGUCCAGAAGAGCGAUCUUCUCAUUGAGGACCGUCACGUCAUUGCCAAUUCCAUCGUUCUUCUUGUCGCUGGCUUCGAGACAACAGCUAUGGGGAUUGGAUUCGCGCUCUACGUUUUAGCCACGUAUCCCGAAGAACAAGACAAGGUGCAUUCCGAGAUUGACACCGUGUUGCCCUACGACGAUGAGAUAUCCCUGGACAGUAUCCAAAAUCUCAAACGCCUAGAUAUGGUGAUCAACGAAACCUUGAGACUGUACCCCGCCCUCCCAAUUAUGAUUGCAAGACUGUGUCCCCGGGACAUGACCGUGAGGGAUCAGUUCAUUCCGGCUGGAACCUCUGUUUUCGCUCCCGCUUGGCACAUUCACCGAGAUCCCGACUCCUGGCCCGAGCCUUCCAGGUUCCUCCCGGACAGGUUCGCCGAAGAGCACCCGGAGCGCCAUUCGCUCGCGUUUAUUCCCUUCGGCCUAGGGCCCAGGUACUGCUUUGGGAAGAGAUUAGCAUUGCUCGAAAUCAAAAUGGCGCUUUGUGCGAUUCUGCGCAAGUACAGGGUGAUCCCAAGUGAAGAGACGGUCAAUCCUAUUUCAGUGACGGUGCCCAAUGUGACACUUCGUCCAGUAGGCGAUAUCAAACUGAAAUUUGAAAACAAAGCAGAGCGGUGAAUGACCACUUUCCGGGGACAAAGUGACGUAACGCACGGGAGCGAGUAAACAUGGUUGCAAUAGUGCAACCAUGGGUCGUCUGUCGCUUAUCCAUCCUGGAACAGAAACGCUUGAGCGCAGAAGUUAUUAAUAUUCAUAACACUUAAGAAUAACGCUAAAAGCCGAUUGAACAAAUAACUGAGGGCGAGGCUAGGAAAACGGUGCGCCUACAUUCGUUUGUUUGAAAUCAAUUUGUUGACGUGCGAGGUAAAGCCAACCCAUAGCGGAGCCACUUGAAAGUCUUUCCGAAUCACUGGCGGGUUUUUGGCGGUGACAGCUCCUGGGAAGAAAACGUAAUAUUUCGCAGAACUUAGAUAGCUGUGUCUGGCGCCGCAACGUAAUAUUUGCUGCCUAAAGCAACACGCACUUAACGUUCUUUAUCCACGUGAUGGCACAACAUCGAUAAACUUAACGCCAAAAUUUCGGGGUCCCCAAAGUCCUCCACAACGUCGCACCUGCUAAGACGAAAGGAAAGUUUUGCAUGAAUAUAUUAGGAAAUACUGUAUCUAAAAACACGCAGAUGUAGGAAAUGUACGUAUGAUAAACUGCUACAUAUCUUGGAGGAAAGCAACUAAAUUAAGUUCUACGUUCGCGCUAACUAUUUUUUAUUAUUUUUUUAUUACUCCAUUAAACAGUGUAGACAUUGCGUUAUACAAUGUUUUUUUUUGUUUCCAUUUAAAACAUAAAACCUGACAUUUAUUAUUUAGAUUCUUGAAAAUGAAAGAUCAUAUCAUAAAUCGAGAAAAGCGGAAAUACAAAAAUGCAGAAAUAAAACUUUUGGCAAGGAGUAAAGCUUACAUUUCAGCAGUCUUGGAAAAUCCGUAUUCAAGAAAUGUCAUAAUAAUCACAGGAGAGCAGGGUAGAUUGUAUCCUGUAAAUGGCGCUUUCUGUUCUUUAUCUACGCGUGCUUCGA